AUGAUACGUUCCAAGGGUGAAGCUAACGCUUCCCUGGCCACUAGGGAGUCAUCAAGGAUCCAAUCCUACCCCAACACGGAGAGCUUAUCCACUACAUCUACUUUUAAGAUUCAUUUUAAGAGUGAUGCGGAGUUAGAAAAUGAGUUGACGAGGGAAUUGACACCCGGCGUGUUUAUAAUGGUGGAACCACAUGGAGGGAUGAGGAGGUCUUUUUUGGCACAGUUGAGUCGGGUUCAGCUGAGAGGGAGCAGGAUAGAUUUUGGCACUGAUUUGAAGGGGAUGAAAAUGGAAAGUCUAAUGCGAGUCACUCUUUCCGAACUCCCAACUCCAACCAAGCAUCCUAGAGGGAGGAAAAAAACCCUCCGUCACCUUAUCGGCAUCUAG